CUUGACCACCUGGCGAUAGCGAUCAUUGCCUAUUGGAAUUCACCAUCCAGCACAGAGUGGCAAAGGCCUGCAGUAAGGCCCAGCCCUGGACUUCAGAAGGGCGGAUUUCAUUGAGCUAAGGAGACUAGUCAGGGAGGCACUGAGGUCCUGGAGGGGUGGGGAGUUGAGAGUUCAAGACGAGUGGUUGUUCCUGAAGGAGACGAUCCUCCAAGUCCGAAUGGUAGCAAUCCCAACAUGGAUCAAUGGGGGAAAGAGUGCUCAAAAGCCCCCAUGGCUCACCAAAAGCAUCCAGGAACGUCUCAAAACUAAAAGGGAGGCAUACACCCGAUGGAAGGGAGGGUCUAUCACCAGGGAGGACACCUACAGGCUGGAGAACUCCCUUCUCAUCAGUGCAGAGGCAGAAAAGGAUCUUGGAGUCGUUAUAGACUCCAAAAUGAACAUGGGCCACCAUGUAGGGACACAGUCAGGAAGGCUAACCGCACCUUGUCAUGGAUCCACAGAUGCAUCACGAGCAGGUCCAAGGAGGAGAUCCUCCCCCUCUACGCGACACUGGUCAGGCCGCAGGCCUUUCAAGUGAACAAGGACAUCAACUGUCUGACUGACUUUCUCCAGGAGUGCGAGUCUCAGCUUCAGGAAGUGAAGAAGCAGGAGAAGAAGGGCUUGUUGUACGGGAUCCCGGUCAGCGUGAAGGAUUCCAUUGAGUGCAAGGGACAUGAUUCCACAAUGGGGUUUCUGAAGAACCUCAAUCGUCCUGCUGCCGAGGACAGCGUGGUGGUCCAGGUCUUGAAGAGACAGGGCGCCAUUCCCUUUGCGAAGAGCAACGUACCUCAGGGCUUGCUGAGCUAUGACUGCAGUAACGUCAUCUUUGGGCCUACAGCGAACCCUCUGAACCACACCAGAUCGCCUGGUGGUUCCAGCGGUGGAGAAGGGGCCCUGAUCGGGAGUGGAGGAUCCAUCCUGGGCAUUGGGACUGAUAUAGGAGGGAGUCUUCGAAUCCCAGCUGCUUUCUGUGGGAUCUGUGCAUUUAAACCCACUGGGUCCAGACUCAGCCAGAAAGGAAUGGUUGCCAUUCUUCGGGGGCAAAAAUCAGCAAUACCAGCAAUCGGGCCCAUGGCACGGGAUGUGGACAGCCUGGCUCUGUUCAUGAGGGCACUCCUGUGUGAUGACUUAUUCCGCCUAGAUUCUUCUGUGCCUCCAAUGCCCUUCAAGGAGGAGGUGUAUGCCAGUUCAAGGCCUCUCCGCAUAGGGUAUUACGAUACAGAUAGUUUAACAUUGGCCACUCCUUCCAUGAGACGUGCAGUUCUGGAGACCAAGAAGCUUCUAGAGGACGCCGGCCAUACGCUGGUGCCUUUCAAACCCCACUUCUCAGAGGACUUUUUCUUUAAUGUUUGCCUAAUGGGAUUGUUUGCAGAUGGAAGUUCCACAUAUGUGGACAACUUCAAAGGGGAGUUGAAGGAACCUUAUGCCAGACAGUUUCUCCUGAUGACCAAGAUGCCUGAUUGGUUUAAAAAACUCAUAUCCUGGAUCACCGGACCAAUAAUACCUCGGUUAUCAAAAAUGUUGGGAAACCUGGUGACCAGGUCUGUGAAGGAAGUCUGGGCACUUCAUAGUGAGAUUGAGGUUACGAAACGCCUGGACACAGGAGGAGGGGUGGAUGUCGUAUACUUAGACUUCAGGAAGGCCUUCGAUACGGGGUAUAAGAGAGAAUUCAUGGCUGACUGGAGGAAGCUGGAUCUGGAUGUGAUGCUGUGUCCCAUGUUUGGCCCUGCUUUUAAGGCUGGAUAUCCUUCAAAAAUCCCAGUGCUUGUGAGCUAUACUGUUCUGCAUAACUUCUUGGACUUCCCUGCCGGGGUCGUGCCCGUCACUACAGUGACUGAAGAGGAUGAGGAAGCACUGAAGAGCUACAAGGGAUACCAUCACGACUGGUAUGACAAGCUGCUUGUGAAGGCUACUUGUGGAGCUGUGGGGCUGCCCUUGGCAGUUCAGUGUGUGGCUUUGCCAUGGGAAGAGGAGCUCUGCCUUCGGUUCAUGAAGGAGGUGGAGAGACUGACCCAACAAAAGCAAAAGCAUCUGUGAACAACGUGCACACCGCAGCGCACAGGAUGAAGAAGGCCACCCUCCUCCUCAGUGCAUCCAUCUGUUUCAACCCGUAGGGGCACAAUGUCUGUCUGGUUAAAUAACUCAAGGAUUGCUUUUGGUUGGUGAGGUAGCGUUUGUCUAUCUGCUCUGUUCCCUGGGUGCUCUCCAGGGACACGCGCUCUGCUAAUAUACUAAUACACACUUG